AUGGCUACUUCCAAUAGACGUGCAGGCAUCCGGUAGUACAGACAGGAGAUAUGGAGGCUUCUCUCCACACUAGGCAAGGCGAAGUACGUUCAGCGCCUGCAAACCGUGCAUCACAACGCAGAUAUCUAUCAGGCCAUGUCCAAGUGGAUGUAGCAGGACUUCUGCCGCACCAUGCUGCAGUGCAGCUGCAAGUUCAAAGUCAAACUUAUAUUUAAAACCUAUGUGGCCCACACAAGUAUGGGUAACUCACCACACUGUCCCUUUUAUGAUGUGUUGAAUCAGCUUCUCUGAAAUCAGAUAGUGACUGAUGCAGACAAGUUAAUGGAGGACGCUGCUUGGGCCAAGAACAGUGACCUGAAUUUAGCAUCCCCUGACACCACGGGGGAGGAGGGAACCAGCAUUCUGGGAGCAAAAAGGACUCAGGGAGCAGAGCAUCAGCCUAUUUUGAAAACAGUGAAGCAAUCAGAUGAGGAUUGUCAUCUGAGGGUCAGUGACCAGAUGCCAGAAACCAGUGACCUAGAGGACUCCAGGGAUAACUCCUUGGGUACAGGGUGCUCUCAAGGGACCCCCAGCUACAGCAGCUCCCACCACCUUCACAGUGGUGUAGCUGCCCCUUGUCAGAGCAGCCCCGUGACCAGACUGGCUCUGUCUGGUGAGCCCAGCUCCUGCUCCAGCUCUAGCCGAAACACUCAUGAGGUGGCCUCCACACAGCAGCCUCCAGCCUCCUCCUCCAGGGCUCCUUUUGUUUCUGGUGGGGAUAGGCCUUUGACCAGUGAGCCCCCUCCCAAGUGGCCCCAGUGAAGAAGGUGGUCAGUGGCCAGGACUAUUGCAGCUGAGCUGGCAGAAAACAGGAAGUUGAUACGAGAAUUUUCAAAGCAGGAGCAAGAAAAAUUGGACCAGCUGAUUGCCCUUGGCAAGGAGGCCAGCAGUCAGCAGGACAUUGCCAGUGAGCUCCUAAAGGGUGCAGUGGUCGUAGUCAGACGCUUGGCCACAGCAGUGGAAGAGGCAACCAGGGCUUUCCAGCUGGGACUUGAAAAGUUGCUUCAGAGGUUAAUUUCAAACACCAAAAGUUAG